CGUCGGUUCAUGCAGAUUAACUCUAUAUAUAUGCACACACAAAGCAGCUUAUUUCACAACCAACUGUGUUCCUGUACUAUUAUUCAGCAAAUUAAGAAAGAUGUCAAACAAACUCAUCUUCUUGGGCUUUGUAGCUCUUACUUUUGCCUGCCUUGCCUUCGCCAACGAGCCCAAACCCCUCCAAGAUUUUUGCGUAGCCGAUCCCAAUGCCUCAGUGAAAGUGAAUGGUCUAGUAUGCAAGGACCCAAUGCAAGUUCAAGCAGAGGAUUUCUUCUUCAGUGGGCUACACCUCAGGGGUAAUACAUCAAACCCUGUGGGAUCAAGGGUUACCACAGUCUUUGCAGCUCAGUUACCUGGGCUAAACACUUUAGGCAUCUCAAUGGUUCGUAUUGACUACGCGCCAUGGGGACAAAACCCACCUCACAUUCAUCCAAGAGCCACCGAGAUUCUUACGGUUCUAGAAGGAACUUUACAAGUUGGGUUUGUCACAUCCAACCCUGAUAACCGUUUUAUCACCAAGGUGCUGAAAAAGGGUGAUGUUUUCGUGUUCCCCGUAGGACUUGUGCAUUUCCAACAUAACGUCGGUAAUGGGUAUGCCGUGGCUAUUGCUGCAUUGAGCAGUCAAAACCCUGGUGCCAUAACAAUUGCAAAUGCUGUUUUUGGUGCUAAUCCUCCAAUUCCAGGAGAUAUCUUAGCCAAGGCAUUCCAAGUGGAUAAAAGUGUGGUGGAGCAGCUACAAUCAAAAUUCUAGUGUAACAAAUGGUUUUCGUGUGAUUGUUUUGUUUCUUUCAUAGGCGUGUUUUGAAACUCCCAUUUGGAAUUAUUUGUUAAGUUCAAAUUCUUUGGUUUAUUUGCAAUGAAAAGUUUGUUUGUUUGUUUGUUUUUUUA